GAAAAGAAAAAGAAGCAAACAAGUUGAAAAUUCCGAUAUUUUUCUUACAACCGUUUUUUGCUUUUAUUCAGAGAAAGAAGGGAGAGAGAGAGAAAGAGAGGAAAUUAAAAUGGCGUCGCCGGCAGUGAUCCGGUGUUACGCAUUCAUAUUUGUUCUCUCUGUACUUCUUCUCAUCCGUCCGUCUAUCUCAAUCUACUGUGAUGAAGACGAUUGCUAUGAUCUGCUUGGGGUUUCUCAAAAUGCGAAUAAUUCGGAAAUCAAGAAAGCAUAUUACAAGCUCUCAUUGAAACAUCAUCCUGACAAAAAUCCGGACCCUGAAUCAAAGAAAUUGUUUGUAAAGAUUGCAAAUGCAUACGAGAUCUUGAAGGAUGCUGAAACACGUUCACAGUAUGAUUAUGCCAUAGAGCAUCCAGAGGAGGUCUUCUAUAACACGGCAAGAUACUACCGAGCUUACUAUGGUCACAAGACGGAUCCUCGUGCUGUUCUAGUUGGUCUUCUUCUUAUUCUAUCUGGAUUGCAAUAUCUAAAUCAGUGGACAAGGUACAAUCAGGCUGUAGAGAUGGUUAAGAAGACACCUGCAUACAAAAAUAGACUGCGGGCUUUGGAGCUAGAACGCUCAGGAGGAGUAUCUAAUAAGAAAAAGAAUAACAAGAUUGAUAGGAAUGUACAAGAGGAUCUCAGCAAAGAGCUUGAUCUACAGAUUAAUGGAGCUGAAAAGCCAUCUUUAUGGGGUCUAGUUGGCGUCGGCUUUGUCCUCUUACCAUACACUCUCAGCAAGCUUCUUUUGUGGCAUGGGUGUUGGUUUUGGAGAUACAAAGUUAAGAAAGCUCCAUAUUCAUGGGAAGAUGCCUCAUACCUCACACGAAGAUCACUUGGUGCACGUGCUGAUGCCUGGAGAAAUCUUGAUGAAGCCACUAAGGAUGAUCUUGUUCAGAGACAGCUGUGGGUGAAAUCCAACAUGGACAGUUACGUGUCAGAUAUGCGCAGAGAAUCAAAGCGUCGAAGAUAGCUGAUAUGUUCUGCUGACAAUUUUGUUUCGAAACAUGCUGAGAUGAUAUUCUUUUCAUUUAGUGGGACAGGAAAAGGUUGUUAAAUUCAUAAGAUGAGAAGUUCUUAAUACAGUUAUGUAACUUGAGUGUAGAUCUAAAUCGUGUAUUCAUUUUUAGACUUGUUCCAUUUAGGAACAUAGAACAACAUCUAGGAUAUAGGCUUACAAGUUGUACACUUAGAUAUUCAAUUUUGAUCGAGGCAAAGAAAAAGAAAAUGAAUCCUUUUAAUAUAGAUAUGACGAUGAACAUUCCUUGAUUGGCAUUA